UUAAGUGUGCACAUUAUAUACAACCACGUGUUAUGUUGCAAAAUGUUUGUCGCUCACCACAGCGCGGGAGGGGAAAAAAACGAUGCAACUGGACACAGCAGCAGUCCAUCCAUAAUCAGUUCUGUGUGCGCAGCUGUCUCUUCGCGGCGAGUUUCAGUAGUGCGCCAAAAUCGAUAGAUACGGCAAAUAAUCUUUCAAUCGCUUUAGGACGGUAUCUCAGACGUAGGUAACUAUUUUGCUCCUCUUCUGCCUGCUGGAUCAAGCAAAAAGCGGCACAUUGUGCCAGUUCAAAGCCAUGCAUCUAUGGAGCUUAUUUCCUAUGUUGCUGUUCUUCAUCGGUGUAAGUUUUCUUCCAGUGAGUCUUUGUGCUCAUGGGAGGUAUGCUCAAAAGUUGCUGACUGAUUUGUUCGCUAACUACACCAACGCUCUGAGACCAGUGGAGGACACGGACCACAUCAUCAAUGUCACACUGCAGAUCACCCUCUCACAGAUAAUCGACAUGGAUGAGCGUAACCAGAUCCUGACCACGUACCUGUGGAUCCGGCAGGUGUGGACGGACGCCUACCUCACUUGGAAGAAGGAGGACUACGAUGGUCUUGAUACCAUCCGUAUACCUAGUAGUUAUGUAUGGAGGCCUGAUAUUGUCCUAUAUAACAAUGCUGAUGACCAGUUCGCCAGCUCCAUGGAGACCAAUGUGGUGAUCCGUAACGAUGGACAGAUCAUGUGGGACCAGCCGGCCAUCACUAAGAGCUCGUGCUCAGUGGAUGUGUCCUUCUUCCCGUUCGAUGCCCAGCAGUGUCGCCUAACCUUUGGCUCCUGGACACACAACGGCAACCAGAUGGACCUGGUCAACGCUCUGGACAGUGCUGACCUGGCCGACUUCGUGGCCAAUGUAGAGUGGGAGGUUCUGGGCAUGCCAGCCAAGAAGAAUGUGAUCCUGUACGGCUGCUGCUCGGACCCCUACCCAGACAUCACCUACACCCUGCACCUGAAACGUAGGGCCUCCUUCUACAUCUUUAACCUGCUCAUCCCCUGUAUGAUGAUCUCCUUCCUGGCCCCGCUGGGCUUCUACCUGCCAGCUGACUCUGGGGAGAAAGUGUCCCUGGGGGUCACCGUGCUGCUGGCACUGACCGUGUUCCAGCUGCUAGUGGCAGAGAGCAUGCCACCCUCGGAGAACGUACCACUCAUAGGCAAGUACUACAUUGCUACCAUGACGAUGAUCACUGCGUCGACCGCCCUGACCAUCUUCAUCAUGAACAUCCAUCACUGUGGUCCGGAGGCGCGUCCCGUCCCUGAGUGGGCCCGCCGCUUCAUCCUGCACUACCUGGCACGGAUCUGCUUUGUCUAUGAGGUGGGAGAGAACUGCUUCACCGGCAUCCCCAAGAAACGGGCCCCGCCCGAGCUCCCACCUGACCACAAUAUCAACCCCCAAACCAGAAGUACCAACUGGGAUGUGAAUGGGGAGUCCUUGGGAGGGAGGGGUGGAGAGGAAGGGGUUGGGGUGGGCGUAAAAACACAGAAAGAGAAAGAAGAGGGGGAUAGACUGAAUGUGAAAAGAGGCUCAUAUCAAACGUUUGAGCCCAGUUGGUGGAAAGACGACCUGUUUGUGAGUAUAGAUGCUGGAGAGGAGGAGGAGGGAGCAGCAGGAGGUGAGAAAGAAGGAGGAGGAGAGGCAGAAAGAGAGAAGGGUUUCAGAGUAGAAAGUGGGUACAUGGGAGGAGCAGUGGCGGCAGAAAGAGGCAAAGGUGGAGGAGGAGAGAGAGGCUGUGUGGGAGGAGGUGUAGAAAGAAGGAAAGGAUCAUUAGGAGGCGCAGAGGCUAGGGUUAGGAGAGAGGUGGUGGUGAGGGCCCAGUGUGUGUGUCAGCACCAAGCGUUAUGCAGGAACAUCGAGUACAUCGCCAGCUGCUACCACGACCAGCGCUCUACCCAGAGACGUACGGGUGAGUGGAGGAAAGUGGCCAAGGUUAUGGACCGACUCUUCAUGUGGCUCUUCUUCAUCAUGGUCUUCCUCAUGAGCCUCCUCAUCAUGGGCAAGGCUGUCUGAGCACGUGCAGAGAGAAAAGGGAGAAGGCUCUGGGUACAAGUUACCCUUAGGCACAGAUCUAGGAUAAGAUCAUACCCUUCCCAAAUACUGACCUUAACAAUUAAGGGGGAUCCCAAAAAGACCUUAGCUCAGUUUCUAAUGGCAACUUUAUCCUACUCCGAGGGGCAGUAGCGGCCAACUAAACCAUUCACAAGUUUACCACAGGAGAUACAGUGUAUGUGGAAAUGUGUUUUUGUACCUAGUAUACUAGCUGUUUAUGUUCCAAGGCUGUGAUGAAGUGGAUUAAUUGGAGGAUUAUCUCUUGAUACAGUGGUGGGGAACUUGGCAGUUUCUCUGUAUCGCCACCAUACAUAUGUUUUCUACGUGGAUCUAAAGUAUUUGUAGAGGAGACAGGAACACACUUAAUCUGUGGAAUGGAACCAAAGCAAAUCUUCUGCCACCCUGAGACUGUUAUCAACACACACACAUGCAAACAAUCAAUCAAUUAAAUGUAUAUAUAAAGCCCUGUUUACAUCAGCAUUUGUCACAAAGUGGUCAUACAGAAACCCAGCCUGAGACCCCAAAGGGCAAGCAAUGCAGAUGUAGAAGCACGGUGUCUCGGUAAAACUACCUAGAGAGGCAAGAACCUAGGAAGAAACCGAGAGAGGUACAGUCCUCUUCUACACACACACACACACACACACACAGUCUUGUACAGCUAACCUUGUAGCGACACACAAUUCAGUCCCAUUCUAAAUCCUAUUUUCCCUAAACCUUAACCUAACCCAAAAUCCUAACCUUUACACUAACCCUAAAACUAACCCUAGCUCCUAACCUUAACACUAAUUCUAACACCUUAACCCUAAACCCCCUAGAAAUAGCAUUUGACCUCGUGGGGACUAACAAAAUGUCCCUAAUUGGUAAAAUUUUGGUUAGUUUACUAUUCUUCUUUAACAAGUAUAGUUAAACACGUUCACACACACACACGCUCUUCUUUUUGUAUUAAUAUAAUAUAACCGCUCUCUGUCCUUUUACUGUAUGUGAAAAAUCCAGUACACUCCAUAUGGACUGUGUCUUUGGACAAUUGUGUGUUAAGUGUACUUCUCAGGCCUGCCAGUCACUGCAUGGGAAUCACAGCACUUUAUAAGUGCACACUUUCUCUGAGUGCUCACUUGACACUUUUGAAGACUUCAUGUGUAAAUACAGUAUAGUAUGACAAUGCUAAAAUAAUAGGUAUGGGCCAUGUUUAAGAAUAAUGUAUCUGAUGUUUAUCACUUGUCUUGUACCAUAUAGAAGUAUCCAAAAUGCAUAGCAGCAUAUGUGCAACCACGCCAUUAAAUAUAUUUCAUACUUUUCAAAGA